AUGUCGCAGACUCUCAACGCAGCUCCAGCCAACGGACACGGAAUGGGCCGUGCCCUGGUAGUGGGAGGCUCCUGCGCAAUUGGACAGGCAAUUGCUCGCAGCUUGGCCAGCGAUGGUCGGCAGGUGACUGUCACCUACCACUCUUCAAAGGCAGCCACAACAGCAUUCGUCAAGGAACACAAGCUCAUGGAGGCCGCGCAGCUCGAUAUUUCCGCGGAUCGAGCUGCCCUGGAAUCAUUCGUGCUUCGAGACAAAGCCGAGCAUGGCGGCAAGGUUCCCAAUGUGGUUGUAUUUUGCGCCGCUGGCAUCGAGCCCGUGGCACUGGGUGACAUGGACGCAACAGUCUUCCAGAAACACUUCGACACAGUUGUCCGAGGACCGCUCUUCAUGAUACAAGCGAUGUACCCUCACUUGGAGCCAGAUUCGCGGAUCAUACUCUUCUCUUCGGCCCUGGCAAGGACCAGCGCCAUCUUUGACGAUCGCUAUGCGCUGUACGCCUCUGCGAAAGCCGCGUGCGAGCAAUUGACCAAGUACCUAAGCAAGACACUGGCCGCGAAGCAGACAACAAUCAAUGCCAUCGCACCAGGACCCACCGACACUCCUGGCCUUCGCGCUCAAGCUCGCUCCAACGGUACCAGCCAGAGCGUGGCUGAAGCGGCCCAAGCUGGUGACGCCCACGUGGCACGGCUAGCGUCGUUGGCACCCGCAAAGCGAAUUGGCACCCCAGAAGAGAUCGCUAGUCCCGUACGGUUUCUUGCGAGCAAAGAGGCUAGCUGGAUCACUGGUGCCAUCUUGAAUGUCAGCGGAGGCAUGUGCGUGUACGGCUGA